GCUUAGACUACUUUACAUUGAGAAAAAGGACAAAAAAAGAAAAAAAAAGUAGCACCCACAUGCCACAUCAAGCCUUUUAAUUUCUAACCCAAAUCCAAAUUUCAACCUCCACCGGCCCCUCUCUCUCUUCUUUGUUCUUCCAUUUCCAAUUUUUUCUGUGUGUUUUUGAAAAUUGUUUAUCGACAGUUGACCUAAUGUUCCUGCAGGCAUAGACACAGAAAUAGAUUUAGAGAGAGAAAGGGAAGAGGAGGUUUAGAGAGAGAAGACUUGUAGAGAUGGGGAAUUCCUUCGGGUGCUCGGCGUCGGGAGAGAGGCUGGUGUCGGCGGCGAGGGACGGCGAUUUUGUGGAAGCCAAGAUGUUGCUUGAUUGCAACCCUUGCCUUGCCAAGUACUCCACAUUCGGUGGCCUCAACUCUCCUCUCCACUUCGCCGCCGCUAAAGGCCACAACGAGAUCGUGGCCCUGUUACUCGAGAAUGGAGCUGAUGUGAAUUCCAGAAAUUACUGUGGCCAGACGGCAUUGAUGCAAGCGUGUCGAUAUGGGCACUGGGAAAUUGUGCAGACCCUUUUGCUCUUCAGAUGUAAUGUGAUAAGAGCAGACUAUCUAAGUGGGAGGACAGCUCUUCAUUUUGCGGCAGUGAACGGCCAUGUUAGAUGUAUAAGACUCGUGGUGGCUGAUUUUGUUCCAAGUACUCCUUUUGAAUCUAUAAAUGCUCAAGCUGUUGGUGGUAGAGGUGAUGGUUCCAAUACGAGAAACAAAUAUGAUCAAAGUGCGCUGUCCAAGUUUGUAAAUAAGGCGGCUGAUGGUGGUAUCACUGCUCUUCAUAUGGCUGCUUUGAAUGGAUAUUUUGAUUGUGUACAGCUCUUACUUGAUCUACAUGCAAAUGUAUCAGCUGUGACAUUUCAUUAUGGAACGUCAAUGGAUUUGAUAGGAGCUGGAAGCACUCCUCUGCACUAUGCAGCUUGUGGGGGAAAUUUGAAAUGCUGUCAGAUCCUCCUAGCAAGAGGUGCCAGUCGAUUGACAUUAAACUGCAAUGGGUGGCUUCCUCUUGAUGUUGCCAGGAUGUGGGGGCGUCAUUGGCUUGAGCCACUGCUGGCACCUAAUUCUGACUCAACGAUACCAGUGUUUCCUCCUUCUAAUUAUUUAUCCUUGCCUCUCAUAAGUGUACUUAAUAUAGCAAGAGAGUGUGGGUUGCAGUCAACAACCUGCUCUGAUGACACUGAAAUUUGUGCUGUUUGCCUGGAGAGAGCAUGUACAGUAGCUGCUGAAGGUUGCGGACAUGAGCUUUGCGUUAGAUGUGCACUAUACCUUUGCUCAACAAGCAACAUUCCUUCUGAAUUGCAGGGACCUCCUGGGUCCAUUCCUUGUCCUCUUUGCCGACGUGGAAUAAUCUCUUUUGUCAAAUUGCCUGGUUCUCCAGCAAAGGAGAUCAAGCUACAGUUGUCCCUUAGCUUAUGUACCCCUUGCAUGCUUCACUCUCGUGAAUCAGACCGUUCAGCAGCAGCUUGUACACCGGAAAUUCGAAAGAAUCAUGCUUCUGUUUCUCCGGAUCUUUUCUGCCCAGUCACUUGUAGCCCAUUUCCUUCCGUUACCAUCCCUUUGUGCACAUGUAAUGAUGGACCAUGCCCAUCAUUUGAACCAAGAGAGGUUGAAACACGAGAUGAAUCUCCAAAUCGCUCCCAAUCCACAACAGUAGACCAGGACAAAAUAGGAGUAAGACUCGAGAAAACUACUUGUUCAAGCAUGUUCUGGGGCAGAAGAAGCUGCAGCAGGGAGCACCAGUGCAACGCAGAAAUUAAUGCUUGAUUAGUUUGGUGGAUGAUUCUUUUGUCAUACCCAGGAGUGCGGAAUUUCCAUUACAGCACACAGUCCCAAGGAGCUUGUUGUUUGAUCUCAUCGUUCCCCAACACCGAUAUUUCCCAUUACAGUACACAGUCUAAAGGAGCUUGUUUGAUCCCAUCGCUCCCCAACACCGAUAUUUUUAAAAUCCGUGUUUGCAUCUGUUUCUGUUUGGUUGCAAGGCGAUGUAUCCAGAUCUGGGAUUGCCGCAUUUUGACCAUGUUCAAAUUAAUAUAUUUAGAUAGGAGGGCUUGUAAAAUUGGAAUGUUGGGGAUAUAAAUUGAUUGUAAUUUUAUGUCGUCAUCUGACAUUCAUUGUCAAUCAUUUAUAAAUGAUUAUGAGAAAUAGUGCUUCUGUUUCUUUAAAGUAGACAAA